UAAUCCAUUCCAGGCAGUAAGCCAACUUCCAUCAGUCUCGCCGAAUCCAACGAAUCCAUCGAACCCGUCGAAUCCGUUCUCAACAUUGUUUACUGGCUCGCCAGUUCAGUCACCAAUAAAUCAACAGGUUGAUAGUAACCCAUUCAGAAAGAUGUCAAUUUCUCCUGGAUUUGGAACAUCGCCUACGGGAAUUUCGUCUAUAGGGCAAAUUAGCAAUGUUACGCCGGGGAACGGUUUAUUCCAGAAUGCGAACAUCGGUCAGGGGAAUUAUCCAUUCGGACAAGGCCAAAUAUCACAACAGCCUGCCGGUAAUAUGUCCAAUGGUGCGUUUUAG